GAGACUUGAUAUUAAACAUAUUCCUUCUGGGAAAUGUAGAUUUCAUUCCAAGAGAACCUUCUAUCAAAGGGCUGGCUGGCUCUGAGUAGCCUGCUCUUUCCAAAGAGUCCUUGUUUUGGACUUCCUGUGCCAGCUGCCUCCCUGAAGCCCUUCUGUGAGCCACAUGAGGCCUCUGGAGAGGAAGGCAAUGCUAGGCUGGAUUUCCAGGAGAUUAAUAAUGGAGUCGCCUGAUUGUACAGUACGGAAAUUGGAGCUGGAAUACUUGCUGGCCGGCUGCUUGGGCUGUAACCAGAGAUAGGGAACUAUAACUCCCCCAUGCCCAACCCUCCCCCAGUUCUGACUCCUCAUUCUUCUUCAGUGGGGUAGGCGGAGGGAAUUGGACUGUCCUCUGUCAUGCUCUCUGUCCCCUCAGUCCUCCAUACCAGGCUGUGCCCUCAGAAAGACAGGCCUUUGGGAAAUGCUGUCCCAGACUCAGGCUGAGUCUCCUACCUGCAUUUACUGGCUCUCAUGCCACUUCCCCUCCCUCCUCCCUAAGCCUUCCUGGGACUCCUGGGCUGGCCUUUCUUUCUCUGAUGUUUCUCUGCUCUUGGCUCCUCACCUUGCCAGGCUCUUGCAGCAGGAAAAUGAGGAGCUACGCCGGCGCCUGGCCUCAGCCACCAGGCGCACCGAAGCCUUGGAACGUGAGCUAGAAAUUGGUCAAGACUGUCUGGAGCUGGAAUUGGGCCAGAGCCGAGAGGAGCUGGAUAAAUUUAAGGACAAGUUCCGCAGGCUGCAGAACAGCUACACAGCUUCCCAGCGGACCAACCAGGAGCUAGAAGACAAGCUGCACACGCUGGCCUCUCUUAGCCACAGCUGGAUUUUUGCAAUCAAGAAGGCAGAAAUGGAUAGGAAGACCCUGGACUGGGAGAUCGUGGAGCUGACGAACAAGCUGCUGGAUGCCAAGAACACUAUCAACAAGCUGGAGGAGCUCAAUGAGCGGUACCGGCUGGACUGCAACCUGGCUGUGCAACUGCUCAAGUGCAAUAAAUCCCACUUCCGGAACCACAAGUUUGCUGAUCUGCCCUGUGAACUGCAGGACAUGGUUCGGAAACAUCUGCAUAGUGAUCAAGAGGCUUCCACCGUGAGCCUUCCCCCCAGCCUAGCUCCAGGGGCUGUGGUACCCACCUCAGUCAUUGCCAGAGUAUUGGAGAAGCCAGAAUCUCUACUGCUUAAUUCCGUCCAGUCAGGCAGUGCUGGGCGCCCUUUGGCUGAAGAUGUCUUUGUGCAUGUGGACAUGAGUGGGGGUGCCCCUGGUGACCCAGCCACUCCCCCAGGCCCUGGCAGCCCCACCCCACAACCUAAUGGGGAGUGCCACUCUCUGGGCACCGCAGGGGGCUCCCCAGAAGAGGAGCUGCCUUUGCCAACCUUUGAGAAACUGAGUCCUUACCCCACCCCAUCUCCACCACACCCACUGUACCCUGGCCGCAAGGUGAUAGAGUUCUCUGAGGACAAGGUUCGAAUCCCCCGCAACAGCCCCCUGCCCAACUGCACUUAUGCUACCCGCCAGGCCAUUUCCCUGAGCCUGGUGGAGGAGGGGAGUGAGCGGGCCCGCCCCAGUCCUGUGCCCAGCAGCCCUGCCUCAGCUCAGGCCUCCCCCCACCAUCGGCCCAGCCCUGCCCCUGCAACACUCAGCACCCCUGCCAGCUCUGCCAGCUCUGAGGAGGAUCUGCUGGCCAGCUGGCAGCGGGCAUUUGUGGACCGAACUCCACCACCGGCUGCGGUGGUCCAGCGCACAGCCUUCGGGCGUGAUACACUCCCUGAGCUGCAGUGCCAUUUUGCUCUCAGCCCCACCGACAGAGAGGAGGAGGUCCAUGCAUCUUAUUCCUCACCUUCUGAGGGUGGGAUUCUGCUGCCUACAGAAUCUGGCUCCGGCUUUCCCAGGGAAGAGGAUGAGGAAGAACUCAACCUGCCUGUCAGUCCUGAUGAAGAGCGCCAGAGCCUGCUACCCAAUGAUAGUGGCACGGAGGAGAGCCUGGGCACUCCCCAUACUGAGGGCAGGGCCCCACCACUCCCUAGUGCCAGCCGCCCCCAGCGCAGCCCCAAGAGGAUGGGGGUGCACCACUUGCACCGCAAGGACAGUUUGACCCAGGCCCAGGAGCAGGGCAACCUGCUCAACUAGGGCCCCUGCUUGCCUUCCUGCCACUGCUGCACUGGGACUGCAAGGAGCCCGUGCCCUUCCAGCUCAGGGCACCGGUCCAGUCGGAGCCCUUGAACUCUCCUCCCUCCACAUCUGCACAGCUGGGCUGCCUCUGGGUAGUUUAGGCUGUGGUCACACUGAGCCUUUCAGCUGCAUUAUUCACUGCAACUGGCAUCAACCUGCCUCUUCAUUUUUUCGCCCUUGGAAUAUUUAUUCUUCAAGGGUUCUAUGCAGCUGGGGCUCAAGACCUCUCUUCCAGUCAGCUCAGCCCAAAUUGGGCUGUUUGGGGGGAACUGAGGCUGAUGACAUCAGUGUUUGUCCUUCAUCCUUUUAUAUUCAUGAGUUUGAUUAUUUUUACUUUGGGGAGGUAUCAUUGCUGUUAUUAACCUCCAGUUUCUAUUUCUGCCUGUUUCCUUCUCCCUCCCCCCAAAAAAGAAAAAAAAAUCUGCACAAGCUGUUGCCUUCAGGGGACCUGGCACAGUGGUUCUGCGGAGUGAGGGAGAGGGUGACUCAGGGCUCUCCUCAGCUGUUUUCCUUCCUCCCUCUGGAAGGGAGUGGAGGGUGGGAUACAGAGGCCUCAAGUACGGCCCCCCUUUCAACCUUGGCUCUAGACUGUUACUCCCAGUUUUGGGAAAAUUUCACAUCAGCGACUAUUUUAAAAUUAAAUAAAACUAUUUUACCAGUA